UUCACUCAGCUUUGCUCGCGCUCGAGAAAAUAGAUAAUUUCUAUGCUAGAGGUUUUUAUUCAUUCGCGAAAUGGGGUCCAAAGUGAAAGGAUGGAAUAUUUGCGGUAUCGGUAACUAACUAGAAGUGGAUAGGAAGAAGGCUGAUGGAAAGCACUUCAAGCUAUUUAGCAUUAAACGUUUCGUGCGACAACACAGGGUGAAUCGCAUGUGUGGAGUAAUUUUCGAAUUUCAUGCUGAAGGGCGAAAAGUGAUUUUUUUUUUUUGCUUCAAAUAUUUAGGGCUAAACUAAGAAAAUAGCUAAAGAAAAGAGUGGUAAUUAAAACUGUUAAGCAUAAAGGAUAAUUUUAGAGACAACUUAUUUGACUAUUAAAAUGUGAAAGAGAGAGAGGAAUAUACAUUUUUUUUAAUAUUUUAAAGCUAUCGGACUCAAACACCUAACAGAAGUGUAGGCGCCAAUUAUAUAAUUAUUUAGCGGACUCUAAAAUACAGCCAUAAAAUUAAAAGAAAAAUAUUAUAAAUUAAUAAAAAAAAAAAUUAUGUGAAGUUUGGUUAUCUGAAAAGACGUACAUUCGCAAAAAUUAUGAAAAAAAUGAACAAAAACUUUAACCAUCACCAAAAAAAUUAAAAAAAUAGCACUCAAAAAACCAAGCAAAAAAAUUUAUUGAAGAGAUUUGUGAAUACAAAUAGUUCGAUACAAAAUACGGCUUAAAUUCCAUUGAGUGAAAUUAAAAACAAAAAUACAAAAAAAAAUAAUUUGAAAAAAAUUUAAAUUCGUGUUCUAAACGCAUACAUACGUACACACAUACAUACACACAUGUGCAUAUAUGCGUGCAAAGAAACUUUUGCACUGAUGCGUCGAGAUCUUGUGCACGCCAGUUAGUGAUAAAGAUGACUUUGUGCCAAUUAAAUCUUUGUUAUUUACAACAACAACUCAAAUAUGUGCUUCUCCGGCAUAGUAAUGUACCUAACCUUCGUCUUAGUUCAUAGUAAACGACGACUACUUUAGCCCAAUUAAGAAUUUAAUACUUACAACAGCAAAAGCAACACCAACUCAAAUAUGAACUUCUCAGGUAUGGUGAUGAACCUAACCUCCGACUUGGCCAAGGACCAAUACUACAACAAUAACAGCUACAACAACAGCAGCAACAACGAAACUGCAAUCAACCACCCAUACACCUACUCCCUUACAACCAAUCAUAAUCACACCAACAAUAACUAUCAGAUAAUCAACAAAAUGUUGGAAAUACAAAAUACCACCGCCGCCGCAUUACUAAAUGCCACCACCACGAAUCACAGCAUCCACAAUCCGGAAUUGGAGCAAUUUGAGGAAAUGGAUGAAUUAUCGCCAGAAUUGCGUAAUUUCGUGCGCAUUGUUGUACCCUUUUGCUUUGGCAUCUUCGCGCUAACCGGCUUCUUUGGCAACACGCUCGUCAUACUCGUCGUGAUCUUCAAUCAGCAAAUGCAUUCCACCACCAAUCUACUGAUCGUCAAUUUAGCUGUCGCCGAUUUGCUUUUUGUCGUCUUCUGCAUACCUUUCACCGCAACCGAUUACAUAACCGAGUACUGGCCCUUUGGCGAUGUGUGGUGCCGAUCGGUGCAAUAUCUGAUCGUAGUUACCGCUUUUGCGAGCAUCUAUACGCUGGUGCUGAUGUCGGUUGAUCGGUUUUUGGCGGUUGUACAUCCGAUACGUUCGCGCCAAUUGCGUACCGAGAAAGUGACGAAAAUUGCGAUUGCCACAUUGUGGGUGAUCAUUUUGACGAUAUCGCUGCCGGUGGCGCUGGUGCAUGGUUUGACGGAAUUGGAGGCAUAUCCAAAUGUUACCUAUGUGUUUUGCACAUUUUCGGAGACUAAUGUACUCGUCACCCAAACCAGCUAUCAAAUCAUUUUCUUCGCGUUCUCCUACCUGCUGCCAUUGAUGGCAAUCAGUGGCCUAUAUGUGCGCAUGAUUAUGCGGCUGUGGCAUCAGGGUAGUGGCGUUCAAAUGUCUGUGAAAUCGCAACGUGGCCGCAAACGUGUCACACGUCUGGUUGUGGUUGUUGUCGUGGCAUUCGCCUCGCUAUGGCUGCCAGUACAGCUGAUUCUACUACUGAAAGCACUCGACAUCUAUCACUCGAAUACGAAAAUCAAACUUUUGCUGCAAGUCAUGGCCCAAACACUGGCCUACAUGAGCUCCUGCAUAAAUCCGGUGUUGUACGCCUUCCUCUCGGAUAAUUUUCGCAAGGCCUUCUAUAAGGCCGUUCAUUGCAAGGAGAGAUAUCAGAAUUACUCAUCAGAUUUGCCACCUCCAAGGCGUACAUCCUGUGGCCGCACAUCCACCACAGGCUUGUGAGCUACCGACAACAAUAAGCGCUGCUGGUCAACGGACUGCGAAUAGUGGCGAGAAAUAUGCGUUAAACUGAAAGAAGGAACGACAGUGCGUAUAAGUAACAAACCAAGUUCAUGAACAGAGAGAGACAGAGCGGCAGCUUAAAGGUAGUGGAAGUUAAAUUCAGCCAGCCUCCAAAUGGCAAGUGUUAUGAUAAAUUAUGCCGCUUAACGCACUUACGCUCCGCUCAUGAUGCUGCUGGCUGUGCAGCAACGAUUUUGGUUACAGAAAUAAACAAAAUUUGAUGGCAACAAACAAUUGAAUAAAUGUCUUAGACUAAAAUAAAUAAUACGCGUAACUCGAAUGCGCGUGGCAAAAACAUGAAAGCAUACAAAACAUUAGCCCCAGCAAUCAUUUUAAGACAACAGAUAAUGAGCAAUGACGCAAUAUGAAUUGUAGAAGAGACGGGAAUUGAUAAAAAAAAAAAAAAAAUGAAGCUCUUUACGCAAAAUACCACCGCCUUCACUUGUCGCUACUCCUUCACGGGUUACUGCCUUCCGAGAAACAAGCCGAAGGCAACAAAAGUUUAGAGCAGCAGCUAAUUAUUACCGGACACGUGCCUUUAAUUAAUGCUUCUUCGAUUCCCUAAAAAGAAGCGAAGCGCGAAAAAGCAGCCCCAGCUGAAGAUUGCGUGGAUGCGGCUACGACACGCUUAAAGCCUGCCAGCCAAACUCUAAGUACUACUGAACUUCGGCGGCCUUUUUUAGCCCUUUAAGCCCUGAAGCGAGUGACGUGCGUGCGCGCUGCGUAGUAUUAAGUUAUCAGUACCCACUGACAAUUGAUGUGAGUUGCGAUGCCGCUAAUUUGCUAUGGUCACCACUCACACGGAGCAGAAAGUGAGUGCACAUACAUAACUGCACUCUCAGAGCGCAAACUUACGUCUGAGUAUAGUAUUGUUUAUUUUUUUAUUAUCGCACGCUUGUCUCGUCCAAUUGAUUGAUGACGCUCACGCCACUUGCGUGCACACGCACACACACCCACAUGCAUGUGCACUUGUACACCUAAAGAACACAAAUCAAUAUAUUAAGUGAAUAAUGUUUUGACAGUUAGCUUAUUGUAA